UUCUCAGACAGCACUUGCUAUGGAGAUGGGCAGCUAUGAAUCAGAUCAGGUUUAUGAAAACGUGGACAUCAAGCAGCCGCCAAGCAGGAGAGCAGGAGCGCAACAUGGGGAAUCGGCAACACCUGUGGAUUCUUCUGAUAGACCAGCAGCUUCCUGUGGAUGGGCUGUGUGGCUUCUUAUAGCUCUGAGCUGCCUGCUGCUGGCAGCCAUUAUAGCCCUGGGGGUGCUCUUUUAUAACCUGCAGGCUAAGAACCUCGAACUUCAAUCCCAGUAUUCAGAACUGGAUAGGAACUACACGGACAUCUCUGCCACAGUCUCUGACUUCCAAACCAAGAACCUUGAACUCCAAUCCCGAUAUUCAGAACUGGAAAGGAACUACACAGACAUCUCUGCCAGAGUUUGUGAAGCCUGUCCACAGAACUGGGAGCUGUUCAAUGGCAAGUGUUACUACUUCUCCACUGAUAGAAUGAACUGGCACUCCAGCCGUGAUAAAUGCACAUCACUGGGGGGGCACCUGGUGAUUAUAGAGAGCGAUGGAGAGCAGAGAUUCCUAUCUGGGAAAGUCACACAUGAGGCUAAAACAAGCAACGAAGAAGAGCAAUCCUACUGGAUCGGCCUGACUGACGCUGUUACUGAAGGAACCUGGCUCUGGGUGGACGGCACUCCUCUCAUUGGCAAUGUCAAAGCAAAAUUCUGGGCCACAAGGACAAAUGAUAAAGGUAAAGAGCCUGAUGACUAUAAUGGAGAGGACUGGUACGGUGAAGACUGUGCACAACUACACCCAAAGAGGAAUUCCAAAGAGACCUGG